GGUCCGGCCUUCGGGUCCCAGGGGGCAGGUCUUUGUCUGUGCAGUGCACGGCAUCCUGGUUCUGUGCUAUAUAUGCGGCUCACGUGCGCCUCCAGUCCAGGACGUGGAACCGACAUGAAGACGCUGUGUGCGCUGCUGCUGCUGGCCGCGCUGGGCUGCAGUCUGGGCCGAGCCAGGAACGUGUCCGUGUGUGAGCUGACGGCCCAGCUGAGAGGCGCCGCUGCCAACUGCUCCAGGAUCAACGCGUCGGACCCCGCGGUGCUUGCCCGGAUUGUUUGUCAUGCAGAUAUUUUGUCAAAUUUGAGCACCAGUGCUCGAACCAACGAGACCCACGUGUUCAGAGACCCUGGAAAAGGAGCCAACAGCGGGAAGAACCAAGACAGCAGUGGCCAUGGGGAGAACCAGGAUGGCGGUCACCAUGGGGAGAACCAGGAUGGCGGUCACCAUGGGGGGAACCAGGAUGGCGGUCACCAUGGGGGGAACCAGGACGGCGGUGGCCAUGGGGAGAACCAAAGCCAGGAGGCACAGUCUGGAGGCGGUAAGGGUGGUCCCAGGCGCCGUAGCAGGAGCUUCAAAGGUUCUGGCUUCGAACAGACCCGGCCCGGCUCCAGCUCCCCCCCACCUCCUCAGCAGAACUGCACGCUCUACGGCGUCUUCCAGCUCAGCAGCUGCCAGGCUUGUAACGAUGGCGUGACUCCAACAAAGAACAUCUGUAACCUGAACUGCAGCGAGUUGCUGGAUGACGACAUCUCAAACGACGCCAUUUGCCUGUUUAAGGUCACGUUCUCUAAAGACAUCUGCACCAACAGGUGGCAGGAGUGGAGGGAAUCUCUGGGAAAAAACCAGAAAAACCAGAGUGGCCAGUGCAGCAACGUCUCUGCCUACAUGUGCUAAUGAGCCGCGUCUGAAGCUAGCUGCUAGUUGGUAGAAAUAAAGGAAGCAUGAAGCACCUG